AUGGGUCGUGUUCGCACCAAGACUGUAAAGAAGUCCUCUCGACAGGUGAUUGAGGGCAGGAAGAGCGUUUCCCUAAAACUUCAGCAGAAAGAGCGCGAGAGGUGCUUGGACUUUGUGCCUGAUGAAUCUGCCAUUAAGACUGAUGUAAUUGGGGUUCACAAGGAGACCAUUGACAUGCUUUCUGCUCUUGGUAUGGGUGACCUCCUGGGGUCGUCCAGCAAGCAGUUGAGCCACAGGCUAUGCCUUCUGCUCCGACUUUUGGGCGUGGACAUAGUGGUGCUGGUGGUUUUGCAAGGAGAUAUUGAGGUUUGUGGUGAGCCUCUAUGGAGUUGUUUCAAGAACAAGGUCCAUGGUUACUGUAGAACUGGUGUCCAGUCUUGA